GUCUGGUGCCCCGUGGUACUUCCUUGCUCACCUUAGCGCCGUCUCCAGCAUCAGUACCAUCAGCGCCAGCAUCUUCCGCUACCGGGCAACACGCAGCUUCGCUUUCUUCCCCCUUUCUCUUUUCUCUUCUUCUCUUGCGCUCUCUUUUUUUUCUCGCUUGCUCGUCAUUUGCUGUCACGCCUCUGGGUACUUGCUUCUUAGUUAUCCCUUGACACUCUCCACAGGCUUCCUUCUUUGUUUUUGCCCUCGCUACUAGCCACCGAGAUUCCGGAGUACAUCAGUCAUUGCAUUUAAUCCAUACACUACCUUCACACAUCUGGAGAUCAUACAAAAGUCGACUCCAACGUCUUCUCUCAUCUUUUCGCUCUCAUAUACCCCUCCUUCUCGACACUGUCCUGCCAAAGAUUUUGCUGAAUAUAUGCCCGUAAAACAAUGGGUCCCUCAUCAGCCCUCACGCCGGCUGUCUUUAUGGCGGCCAUUGUACUACAAUGUCAUCUUGGAUCCGCUUUGGGAUCCCUUAUUCCUAUAGAGAGGCGCCAUGAUUCACAUCUCAUUAAGCGCUGGCAUGCAGAACCUCCACCAGUGCUGCAACAUCCCUGCCUAGCUGUGGACAAGCACAAUGGCCGGACCUACAUGAUCGGUUAUGGUUCCCAAAACAACCUUGUCUUCAACUUCAUAAACUCUACAGAGGCCUGCGACAGUUCGAAACAAGAAAGGUGCAAGGGAGACAAAGCAGAUGGGGAGGAGUGGCAAGAGAAACAGUCGCUCGAAUGGCGACACGCACAGUGGACCUCGCUUCCGCAUCCGGGCGUUGGCGUGAGACGCAUUGGACGACGGUUUGAUACUGAUAACUGCUUCCUAAGUAGCGAUCAUAUGUUCAUGGUGCCAGCUUAUGAGCGCGAUGGAGAAGGCGGGUUCUCGGUUUGGGAUCAUGACCAGCGGACGUGGACCCACGUUCGAAUCGAUCGCGAGUGUUCAUGCCAUGAAGAGGGCGUGGAGCAUGGUGAAAAGCUUAAGGUUGAGAAGGAUAGGAAGCGCCUAAAGUUCGAGUACCCCAAUCUAUUGGCGGUCGUGUACCAGUCCUAUCGCGAAGAAAGUCUGCGUCAUGGUCACACAGACUUUAAGCAGCGUAUUCAAGAGGCCCUGGACACUGUUGUGAUACAGUGGAAAGACCAACUGGGUCGCGACCAUUUGACGGGGGUCCAGCUCGUGAACCAUCAGGUCUAUUCGUGCCAUGACAUCAAGAUCGGUCAUGAGGUCCUUCCCGCGAACCUCACCCUUGCCGCCUCCCCAAUCAACCCCUACCAGUACACAUUCCACAAGACACCUAAGAAGUAUAAGCACCCAGGCGAUCACGGCAGUCGAUGCGACAACACCACCUUGUUUCUCUUUGGACCGCAUGGCUCGGGAUGGCUCGAUAUCUCAAUAUCAGAUCGGUCGAGCGAGCGGCCUGUCGAUAUCAUCUACAGCGGUCAUAGGGAGGACAACAAGAGCAUGAAGGGUGGAUUCUUUCAUAUGAUGCCGAACCUGGAAGUCGAGUAUCCACGCGCGGUGUACUAUGGAGGACAGCUAUGGAUUUUUGGAAAGAAUGAUCACGGCGUCGCUGUCUUAAGCAUCGACACAUCCUCCUCUUCAUCUUCUAAACGUAAGAACCGCGAGUACGAGAUCGCAACACGAUCCCAGGGUGGGCCUAGUCCUGGUGGCCUGACUUGCGCCAGCUGCGGCGACGGCAUUAUCGUCUACGGCGGAUGUGAUCGGCCUGAGGACUGUAGUACGAAUCUUCGUCCGGGGGAUAUUCACGGGCUGACUGAGGGUAACGCACCCGUGUCGAUUUUUAGGCCAGGUAUCCGGAAUGAGAACGACGAUGACGACGAAGAGGAUGAGGACGAGAAUGAAAACCAUACCGAUCAUACAAAAAAUGGGGAUAAGGAUGGUCACCAAGGAUCUGGAGCUGGAGAAAGUGGUGGCCGCUCCGGUUCGCAUGGUUCAAGUGACUCGUCUGAUUCUAUUGAAGGAGAUGGUACCUUUAUUGAUGGCCACGGCGGCGAAGAUGGCCAUGUGGACUCUGGCUCUAGCGGUUCCGGAGAAUCCGGUAGUUCUGGCGGUUCUGGGAGCUCUGGCAGUUCUGGUGAUUCUGGGAGCUCUGGCGGCUCUGGCUCCGGCGAUUUUGGAGGUCCUGGAAGCUCUGGAGGCUCUGAGGGUUCUGGGGGGUCUGGAGGCUUCGGUAGUUCUGAUGGUUCUAGCCCAGGUUCUGGAGGUUCUGGAGGUUCUGGAGGCUCCGGUGGCUAUGGCGAACCUUGGUCACCUAGUUCUGAAAUCCCUGGUGGUACCGUUCCUGAAGUUGUUCCGGGAGCCAACGUCCCUCAGUAUCCUUACCCUAACUCUGAAGCAAGCUCUUCUCAGGUUCUGGUGGGUGUAGCCCCAACUCCAACUGUCUUUAUUACAAGCAGUACUACUGCCACCACGACAAGUGUUGGAUCUCUUCAAACUAAUGGACUUCCUGUGGGCGCCAAGGCGACUGACGACGAUAGCCGCAAGCAUACGGGCGCUAUCAUUGGUGGUGUCCUUGGCUUCCUUGCGCUCAUCGCGCUUGUAUCUCUAAUCUUUCUUGCCACAAAAAAACGCCGUCAAGCGAACGAGGCCUCGCUCUCAGAGGCGGGCUCCAGUCUGGAUAGCAACAUAGGAGAUGCUGGCAUCAUCGCACCUGUGGGCUAUGUCGCAGGAACUCCAGCCGAUCAAUGCAAGUACGCCUUUAACGCAAACAGCAUGCCGGACCUAACAUCCGUCAUUCCAGGCGCAGUCGGCACCAUUCCUACGAGCUCCGGUGGUACAAAUAUCAAUGGAGCUGCCACUGGUGGCUCCUCUGGCUCUGGCGGAUCGUCUGGCACUGCAACUGGCGCCGCUGCUGGUGGAGCUGUCCUGAUUGCCAGUGCUGUCGUGAACGAGCACAAGCGAAAGGAAUCGAUCAUCUCCGAGCAAAAGCAGCCGCAGGAGAUGACUGAGGCAGAAUACGUUACUAAUGGGGGGUCUUCAACUACGCCAGUUCUCGGUUCCAAGCGAAUUUCCACGGCCAAGUUCUUCAUGGGCGGCGGUGACUACAAACCAUUCCGUCGAUCAAGCGCUGGUCCACCUGCUUUGCCCGUAACCACGACAGGACCAAAGACCGAGGUAGAGGAUACCAUUCUCGAGGCUACUGAGACAUACAAGAGCAGAGACCUUGCUGGUAAGGCUCUAGUAGCAGGCGCAGUUGCAGUGGCGCAUCAUGCCAGCAAGGAGACGCACACAACAGAGUCAUUCUCGAAUACAACAGCUACUGCUACGACGGGUACCAGACCUGGCGUUGGCACUGUUCAAGGCGAAACCCAAGAAGUCCUUGCGAACUCUACCUCCGUCGAGAGAUUCUUGGGUGCCGGUCGCACUGAAUCGUUUUCGACACCAAUAACGCAUAUCAUAAAUGGCAAGACAGUCAGCUCAUCUGGGAAGACCAUUGUUGGAGGUAUCGCAGUAGCUACAGAUACCACACAGCAGCAGCAGCAGCCCACAAUCCACAAGACCCAGAUCACCCUCAAGUUGAGCAUUGUCCGGUACGAACGUUCGGAUGCAGCUCAGGCAACUCCCCACGCGAAGCGAGGUGCCCUCAUGUUCUCGCAAGUAGAGAUGUUGGGCGCUGCAUCAGAUAUUCAGAUCCCUGGCUCGGCGUUUUCGCAUGUGCGUGAUUCGUCCAAGAUCACUGGUCAAGAAGAUGGCCUACCCUCACCUGCGGUUCCUGGCCCCAGUGGAGCAGCGUCCAGUUCCGAAUCCGAGCCUCGCGAACGUUCUCUGAAAUGGAUGAAGAAUGAAUUCCAAUGGAAGCGUGAGGCUGGCAUGUUGCAGCAUCUACGAUCUGACCAGUACAUUGCCGAACUCUUCACGCUGUAUUCGUUACCGACAUUGGCAGAGUACCGCUUCGUGUCAGUAAUAGGCCCUUUCACUCGCACUCUCGAGUCGUAUAUCAGAGAGCGCCGAGGGACACCCAUCAUUGCCCCGGAUCAGGACUUACUGCCAUUGAACAAAGGGUCAUUGACGCUGGAGGAGAUUAAGACGAUGACAGACAGUAUCGCGUCCGCGGUCAAGUGGUGCCACGAUCACCACGUUGUUCACCUCAGUCUGACACCUGCCAGCAUCUUUUUACAGGAGUUUUAUUCCGAGCCGGAUGGUCAUGGUGGCUACCGCAAUUCCGUCUACUCCUCCUACUCGAACAAAUCCGUGGACGCAGUAAAGGACAGCGAGGCUCCCAGGAUACAACAGCAGUGGAAGCUAUGGAACUUUGGUCAUGCGCGGUUUGUGGGCGAGACUGUUGACUUAUCGAUGGACAUGGCACCGUACACCGCGCCAGAGAUCUUGGUCGCCGCGCGCCGUCAGCAGAAAAGGUCAACUAUCACAACGUUACAGGCAGAGGAUCCGAAUAAGGAUACGACUGUGGAGACGACCGUCUCCUCGGACGGCACUGUCACGAAGACGACAACAACAAAGUCCUCGACCUCUGGCACGACUACCAUCACUAGUCAAGAUUCCGAAAAGUUGAUAGCUACCACAGCGAUGGAUAUGUGGUCGCUAGGUCAGAUCAUGUACGAGAUGCACACGAGCCAGGCAAUGUUUACAUCGGACGAGGACGCCCGUGUCAAACUGACGUUUGCGCUGGAAAGGGGCGAAGAUGGCGAGGAUGAGAAUAAUGAUGAUCUAGACAAGGCUAGGACGCACGAUAAGACUCGCCAGCAGCUGCACGGCCAGAUAGAUAGGAUUGAGAAGAUUAAGGACCAUGGCGCAAGAGAGGUCAUCACGGGUCUGUUGGAGAUGAAACCGGAGCGACGCUUAGACCACAAGGAGGUCCGGAAUUUGUACUUGGAUGCGCGGGAGUAAAUGGCAUUGCAUGCCAUGAUAGUCAUUUCUAGCACAUAAAGAAGCAUCUGCACAAUAUUAAACCUCAGUAAGAAAAGUGAAAUUUAGGUAAAGGAUGC